CACAUUAUCUCCCUCUCGUUGACUUACUUCUCUGUGUUGAAAAAAAAGAAGAAGAGGAUACACGGUCCGAUCCAUUUUAGAAGGGAUACUCCUACCUUCAAUUCCCCUGUUUCUCUAUUCGUGGUCAUCAAUAUGAAACACUCUUAACAUCCACGCAGCAGCUCCUCUCUCUCGGCUCUCCAUCUAUCCCACUUUUUUUUCAUUGAUCUUUUCUUAUCUGUGAAGCUCAAAAAUACCCCAAAGGAAAUCCUCGCCGUCCUGGGUUGAAUAAAAACGAGUUACCUGUGAACCUUAGCAGCUAUCAGACUUGAUGAAUCAGAGGGAAAACUAAGUAUUCGAGUAUCUUCGUGGUUGAAUAUAAGAAAAGAUCGAUUCUUUGAUUUCUUUUUAGUUUCGUUUGUCAUCCCUAGAUCUAUCUUUCUUCACCGUAUGUCUUUCUAUGGGUUUCCUCCAUUUAUUGACUUGAUUUCAUUUCUCUAUUUUCGGUUUGUCUAGAGCAUUCAUUUUCAUCCAGAGUUUGCUUUGUUCGGUGCAUUUAAGGUUUGAAAUUUCUUUUCACAAGUUUCCUGCUUUUUUCCCCCAAUGGUAUGUUCAUGUUUCACCCAUCCGGAGGUCGGCCAAGUCUUGUCUCGUCUUUGUGCUCAGAAAUGCUUCCUUGAAGUUGGGGCGUUCCGUACUGUUCGAUUUUCCUCAUUAUUUCAGCGGCUGUGAUAAGAGGGGAUGGCGAUGGGGAGCUCUGGGGAGUCUGGCACGAAAUCCAUCAAUGCGCCGCCAGGUGGUUUAGUCUGGAUCCGCAGGAGAAAUGGGUCGUGGUGGCCGGGUCGGAUUGUUGGGGUGGAUGAUUUGCCAGAGAACAAUAUGAUCACCCCAAGAUCAGGGACUCCAGUUAAGCUUCUUGGGAGAGAGGAUUCAAGUGUGGACUGGUAUAAUCUUGAGAAGUCAAAGCGAGUGAAAUCAUUCCGUUGUGGGGAGUAUGAUGAUUGCAUUGAGAAAGCUAAGGCCUCAACAGCCAAUGCUUCUAGAAAGCUAGUGAAAUAUGCACGCAGGGAUGACGCCAUUCUUCAGGCCCUCGAGAUUGAAAGUUCUUAUAUUGGAAAACAUAAUCCUAGCUUCAUUUCAAGGUCAGGUGAUGAUAAGCAAAAUAAAGCGGGUGCUAUAACUAAAAAAGAAGAAGAUUGUGGCAGUAGCAGAAGUUCUGAGAACAACAAUUCAAGUGCUUUAUCUCAAUCUGGUGUAUCCAUUGAGGAGGAACCCGUGGAGGAUAGGGGACAGAACCCAAAGCAUUUUCAGAGUUCCAAAGGAGCCCAAAAUGAUUCAGAUGAUGAAAGUGGUAAACACAUGCAAGGUCUUGAUGACUUGGGGACAAAGUCAUUCAAGAGAAAGAGAUCUGCGGUGGCCCAUGUUUGCAAGGUUCUGAAAAAGAAGGGCCGCCGACGUCCAAUGAUGGGGAGUACUGUUCUAGUGUCAUUUCCCGUUGCAUGUGAAGGAAUUCCUAGCCCAAGUGAUUCUGCAGCUUCUGAUGUAUGUGAAAAUGGGACACUCAUUGCUGCUGGGAAUGAGAUUCUGAGCAUUCCGCAGUUGCCUGAGGAUGGAUGUUUAGAUUCAUUGUCUGAUGUUCCAUUUGUGGAAGAAGAAAACCAUUCCGAGGGUCAUCCAGAAAUCAAUGAGUGUAGGGAAAAGGGGACGUCGGAGUGGCAGUCUAAACGAAAGAGGAACUCAAGGCAUGUAAAUAAAAGCAAAAAGCGGUAUAUAGGAAAAAAUACUAAUCUGGAUGGCGGUGAAUCCUAUGCAGCAAAGUUGGCAGAAUGCCCUAUAGAUCACAAGUCAAAAGCAGUCACAAGCGUGUUACCCACGCCACAGAGGUUACUGCCUUAUCGUCAGUCCCGCUUUUCGGUCAACCCAAAGUAUGACUCUUCGGCUUUCCCUCUAAGGCAUCAUCAUAUAUCAGAUUCCUCAUUGUAUGAUGUUAAGGUGGAGGUUAAGUCCAGCUAUCGUGCACAGCAUGUUCCGUAUGUUUCGUUAAUGACCAAACUAAACGGGCGACCCAUCGUGGGCCACCCGAUCACAGUUGAGGUGUUGGAAGACAUCGGGUUGGGUUCAGGCAGCAACCAUGACUUGGAUCAUACCGGGCAGCGCUCAGGUGGUUUUAGGGCUCCUACUAAGGACCGUGUAUCGACAACAAAGUCAUUGAAAUCAAAGAAAAACUGUCAAUUUUCAAAGAGGAAGAUUAGGAUGUUGUCUUCAUUAACAGGUUCUCAGAAGCAAAAUCAAGGCAAGGAAGUGUCAACAUCACCGGCAAAACUAAAAGGGACUGCUGUAGCUUGUGUCUCUCUUAAAGUAGUGUUCAGCAGACUUAGCAAAGAUUUGAACAGUCCAAAUACGUCUCCGCACCCGGUGGUCAGUCCCGCCAUUGGUUGAGAUUUAUCUUUGUUCUUUGCCUGUUUUAGCUUGAUGUACAUAAACCGUGUAACAUCAUUAGUUGAGGUGUAAAGAAUGGUUAUCCAGUUGUUAGGCUUCGAUGGUUUAGAAUUGUGAUAGUUUGAGCCAUAUUCAGUCUCUAGUUUUAGUUUAUGCUGCAGCUAGUACAAAGGGAGCUGGCUGCGAAUGCAACAGUUUUCAUAUCUUUGUAAUUACAUUGACCAUUAUGUUGUAUCCCUUUUGGACCUUCAGUGUCUUGAAGCAUGAAGUAUUUAUACUAAGAAGCAAUUGAGGAUAUGUGCAAAUGAGCGCAGAAGCAUUUAGAUUG